GGCCUAUAAAUAUCAGAGUUUCUGGCUGUGGCUUUGUGGAACUGCCACAGAGAAGCAAAGAGAAAGGAAGCAGGACGGUGGGAAGGGGUGUGACAACCUCAGAAAUGUGGAGAAGCCUGGGGCUUGCCCUGGCUCUCUGUCUCCUCCCCAUGGGAGGAACAGAGAGCCAGGGCCAAAGCUCCUUAUGUAAACAACCCCCAGCCUGGAACAUAGGAGAUCAAGAUCCAAUGCUGUACUCCUCUGGUUCAGUGACUGUGGUUGCUCUUCUUCAAGCUAGCUGAUACCUGUGCAUUCUGCAGGCAUCUAGAUUGGAAGACCUGCGAGUACAAUUGGAGAAAGAAGGAUAUUCUAAUAUUUCCUAUGUAGUGGUUAAUCAUCAAGGAAUCUCUUCUCGAUUAAAAUAUAUACAUCUUAAGAAUAAAGUGUCAGAGCAUAUUUCUGUUUACCAACAAGAAGAACACCAAACAGAUGUCUGGACUCUUUUAAAUGGAGACAAAGAUGACUUCCUUAUAUAUGACAGAUGUGGCCGUCUUGUAUAUCAUAUUGGUUUGCCUUAUUCCUUCCUAACUUUCCCAUAUGUAGAAGAAGCCAUUAAGAUUGCUUACUGUGAAAAGAAAUGUGGAAACUGCUCUCUCACGACUCUCGAAGAUGAAGACUUCUGUAUAAAUGUAUCUUUGGCUACUGCGGAAAAAACAACUGAAGCUCCACAGCCCCAUCACCACCACAGGCAUCAUCACAAUCAUGGGCAUCAGCAUCUUGGGAGCAGUGAGCUUUCAGAGAAUCAGCAACCGGGAGCACCAGAUGCUCCUACUCAUGACCCUCCUCUAGACCUUCAUCACCACCGUAAGCACAAGGGUCAACAUAGGCAGGGUCACCAGGAAAGCUGAGAUAUGCCAGGCAGUGAAGGUUUACAACUUGCACACAAGAAGCUCUGACAAAAGGGAUGUAAAAAUCAAUUACUCUGCAAGUUUCCCAAAGAUUCAGAGUUGGCUCCUAAUAGCUGAUGCUGCCAUUGUCGACAUCUGAUCUUUGAAAAAGCAGGGUCCGCAAUCACCUGACAGUGUAGAGAAAACCUCCCAUCUUUAUGUAGCUGACAGGGACUUUGGGCAGCGGAGAAAGUCAUUGAAUCUUGUCAGUGACGUUUGCCUCCAGCUGCCUGACAAGCAAGUCAGCAGCUCAUGCCCCCAGAAGCCAGUGCCAAUUGAAGCUGAACUAUUAAGGGAAAAAAGUGAAAAUGACCUUCAAACUAAAUAUUUAAAAUAGGAUAUAUUCCCCAAGUCAGUCUAGACACAAUUUCAUUUCUAGCAUUUUUACAAACUAUCAGAUUAAUUAGUGAACCAAAAAUAGAAACUGGAUUUGUACACACAUGGAGAAGUCUACUGAAGUAGCUUCCAAAUUUUAAAUUUUAUAUCAUAGAAAUUUUAACCCAAGUCAUAUAUUUAUUGUGGGGCAACUGAAAGGUGAUUGCAGCCUUUGGUUAGUAUGUCUUUUUUUUUCUUUUUCCAGCAUUCUACUUGCAUUAAUGAGAGCAAAAACAUAAACUAUGACCUAGGGGUUUUUGUUGGAGAGUUAGCAAUUUAGAAUGGAGGAAGAACAACAAAGACAUGCUUUCCAUUUUUUUCUUUACUUAUCUUUCAAAACAAUAUUAUCUUUGUCUUUUUAAUCUCACAUUUUUAACUGAUUAAACCUUUAAAGAAAGGUAUUUUAAAAUCCAGAAAUACUUAACACAUGAAUAUUUUGCUAAAAAGCACAUAUGACUACAUUUUAAAUACCCAUUUAUCUUUUUUUAUAUCUGACUCAUAUCUUGAUUUUUACUAUCACAUAUGAAUAAAGCCUUUGUAUCUUAUUUUCUUUCUCUAACAUUAUAUCUCACUCUUCUAAAAUUUGAGUGGCUCUCUUAAAAGAUAUAAAGGAAAGGUUAAAAGAAUGUUGUUUGUCUCUAGACUGCUUAGAAAGUAUUUCCAUAGUCAAUGAUGGUUUAAUAGGUAAACUAAAUCCUAUAAACCUGAACUCCUUUAUGGCUAAUACUAUUAAGAAUGUAGCACACAAGUGGCUAAGGUAUGGAUUUGUCUAAAUAAACUCAAUUUUAAAAAGUCUAAA